AUGGGGAGCCAACAUCAGAGGACCAGCAAGCACACCCGGGAGGAAACCACAAGGCCAGUUGAUUCACGCUCCUGGACUGAGCCACUGUCCAGCAACUCCAGCGAGAACCAGUUCAGAGCCGGUAUACAGCCACAUCGAGCUUCUUCUCCGGUCAAUCUAAAAACAAUUCUGGAGAGUGACAGUGAUGUGGAAAGUAAAGACACAGGAUACAGGAGCCAAAACUCUCCCCGGGGUAAAGGACAAUUGGAGAAGCUGCUUGGUGAGAUUGCCUAUCAGUUAGACAGGAGGAUUCUUUCCCACAUGUUUCCACAAAACAUCAGGUUCUAUGGAUACACUGUGAGCCAAAUACCCACUAAGAUUUUUGAGGCCUGCACCCAUCCUCUGACUGGAAAAGUGGACGAAGAUUACAAGAUUUUCCUGCAAAAAAGAUACCAAAGCCUCCAGGAGAUGCUGCGUCGUAAGGGAUACAUAAUCACACUCCAUCCUCACUUUUCUGAAUUCAUCGUCAACAGAUUUGGGAUUCUGGGCGCGAGGCCUGCAUGCGGGAGCUCACUGGCCACGGACUUCGAAAACCCCUUGUAUCUAAAGAGCGUCAUAGAAUCUACGGCUCAUUUCAAGCUGCAGAAAGACCUGAUGAUUCUGCUGGACUGCCUCUGUGAAAUGGCGGAAAAGGACGCCAAGCCCAUGCCCCGCGGGCUAAACGUGAGCUCAAAAACUACCUCCACGUUGACUGAAAGCUGCAGACGUAACUUGCUUCUACUGCAGCCACAUCGAGACAGAACUGGAACCAUCCAUGGAGUUGGCUGGGUAUUAAUCGCGCCUUGUUUCUGGUUCCUGGAUCGAUUUAUUGCCACAUGGAAAUCCACAACGUUGGAAAAAACCCAGCGGCGCGACGAGGAAUGCUACCUUUAUCCGCUGGAGGUUUUUAUCGGCUCAAUCUUCUUCUUCAUUCUAUUCCUCAUCGCUUGUCCGUUCGCUUUCAUCGGCUUCUUGCUGUGGGCGCCGCUGCAGUGUUGCCGCCGACCGUUUUCCUAUCACAGAGAGACGAAAACCCCGGAAAAGGAGACAGUGUUCAAGCCGGCCGAGAAGACGUCGUUUCUUUUUGCCACUGCCAACUUGUGUCUUCUGCCGGACAGCUUGGCGCGCUUCAACAACCUGGCACACACCCAGCGCAGAGCAGUGGCCAUCGGUCAGCGCAUUGUGCAUGGCGUCCACAGUCCACACAUUCGAAUAGUUGUGGAAUCUCCCAGCAGCUGCGGCACGCUCACCGAAGCCAGCUCGCCGUGCCAAGACGGUAAACAAAAUAACUACGGCUCCGUCGAGAACUGCAAUGGAGCAUCUAUGAGUCAAGACGUGUCGGUUCCGAGUGGUGAUUCGGACGAAGGCGCGAUGGAUUCUCAAACGACGCCGCUGAACACUAAUCACAACUGUAACCAACAAGACCCACCGCGCACGUUGCUCGCUCGCGGCCGCAGCCUGGAGGAGUUUGCCUGGCAAGUGUCGUCGUUGUUUCCGACGAACGUGGAUGUGAUUUGUCUGGAAGAGGUGUUCGACAAGAGGGCGGCGCAGAAGCUCAUUGCGGCACUGAAGCCCGUAUACGAACACAUCCUGUACGACGUGGGCGUGUACGCGUGCCAGCCGCCGUGCACCUGCUCCACCUUCAAGUUCUUUAACGGCGGCUUGUUUGUGGCCAGUCGGUUCCCAGUACUCGAGGCGCAGUACCGAUUUUUCCCCAACAGCCGCGGGGAGGAUGCACUGGCGGCGAAAGGGCUGCUGGCCACAAAGCUGCUUGUGGGGAAGAAUGAACGACAGAAGGAUGUGGUGGGGUAUUUUAAUUGCACACAUCUUCAUGCCCCUGAAGGUGAAGGAGAAAUCCGUUGUGAGCAGCUUAAUAUGGUAACCAAAUGGAUCAGUGAUUUUCAAGCCGCCAACACUCUUCCGGACGAAGACGUGGUUUUUGACGUUUUGUGUGGAGAUUUUAAUUUUGAUAACUGCUCCCCUGACGACACGCUGGAACAAAACCAUGCUCUGUUCGACAUGUACAGAGACCCGUGCAGGGCUGGGCCUGGCAAAGAGAAGCCGUGGGUCAUUGGAACUCUUUUGGAGCAACCCACUUUGUAUGAGGAAGAUGUGAAGUCCCCAGAUAGUUUGCAGAGGACGCUGGAAGACGAGGCCCUGAGGAAGCAGUUUGUGUCUCCCCCGGUCCCAGCCGCAGGACAGCCCCUGGUUUACCCUGAACACGAGCAGCCGUGGGUCGGACGCAGAAUCGAUUACAUCCUGUAUCGUCAGAGCUCACUUUCAAAACACUACAAAACUGAGAUGGAGGAGGUGCACUUUAUAACUCACUUGGCCGGACUCACAGACCACAUCCCUACGAGUUUUCAGAAAUAUUCAGCCUCCAGUAAGAGCGGCGUGUGGAGCCAGCGUGCCCCGGGGUCAGCGCUCCUGUGGCCGCAGCGGAGACACACUGGUCCCCUCUCCAGACCCUUCUCAGAGUCGUCUGAUCUAAACUAUUUGUCCAAAACUGAACCAACAAAUGAACCCAGUGAAAUCGGGGAGGAAGGCUCCCCUCAGGACUUCUCCCUGGACGUUCUGGUGGCUCUGCUCAAACAGGAAAAUGCAUUGGAUCUUUGUGUCAUCAACGUUCCACACCAGAUCAACUAUGCACACUACAUAAUUAUCGUCAGUGGCUACUCCACCAGACACCUUAAGGCUAUGGCCCUUUAUGCCAUCAAAGUGUAUAAAUAUUUGAAGAAUAAUCACAACCCACACGUCAAAAUGGAAGGAAAAGACGCAGAGGACUGGAUGUGCAUAGACUUCGGCGACAUAGUGGUUCACUUCAUGCUUCCAGAGUCCAGAGAAGUCUAUGAGCUGGAGAAGUUGUGGACACUGCGCAGCUACGACGAGCAGCUGGCUAACAUGCCUGUGGAGACACUUCCCGAGGAUUUUAUUUAUGAUAUUGAAGUGACAAAGUGA